CCCAGAGAUGGGGAACCAGAAGUAAAGAUCUUAUCUGAUCAGACUAUCAAAAUUGUGAAGAAUCACUUCAGUUUGCCAACCGGUAAAACGGAUCUGCUGAAACCACCUGACCAUUUCCCUCCUGCAGUGUGUCGGUACACAUUAAAAGAGAUGUCGCUUGUGUGGUAUAUCUAUGGUGGAAGAGACUUUGAGUCAUCGUGUGACGAGAGGAAUUCACCAGGGUCACGUAGUCCUAGUUCACCCAGUAGUAAGACUAGUACACCUGAGAAGACAAGGUCAAAAGUCAUGACAGGAUCUCCUUCAUUCGCUGGUAACAGAGGUGGUACCUUAGGGUGGAAGUCAAGGGGAGGGCCUUGUCGAAAACUUGACGUACUCAUGGAGCUGCAGAUGAAUAAGGUUCGGAUGCAGUAUGAAUUGUACCCUGAAAACACAGAACAGGCAUCCAGACAGAUUCUAUUGAUAAAUGAUAUUGAAAUCCGAGAUAGGCUCAUUCAUUCUCAAAUCAACAAGUUCUUGUAUCAAUAUACAUCAGAAGACCGGCCGAGACAAGCCCAUGCAAACAUGCUAAUGGUCAAAUUCUUACAUAUCCGACCUGAUCCUCUUAUACCACGUGAAGAGUGUUGCCUUAGAGUCGCUGUACAACCGCUAAGGCUAAAUAUUGAUCAGGAUUCACUUUUUUUCCUGAGGGACUUUUUCAGUACUUUAUCUGAUGGAGUGGUUCCAGUGCAUUUGGCAGAGCAUAAAGCAAAUGCAGACGUAAGUUCAGGUACCCCGGCAGCUUUCCCAAUACCAGUUCAACCUGUUGUCACAGCAACAGAUGAUACAUCAUCAUUGUCAUCUUUGCAAUCCAGUGAUACCCAGGAGCUAGAGAGCAGCACAUCCACUGUGACCUCCAGUUGUAUUGCGCAGGGUAGUGAACCAAAAGUUGUCAGUGCAGACCCACCUGUAUUUUACAGGUCUUUCAGCUUUGCACCAGAAGUUCCUAUACGAUUGGAUUAUCAAGGCAAACACUUAGCAUUGGAAGAGGGUACAUUUACUGGUCUUCUCAUUGGUCUUGGCCAACUGAAUUGUUCUGAAUUGAAGUUGAAAAGGUUCCAGCACAGACAGGGAUUACUCGGUUUAGAUAAAGUGGUGAAUUACGCUUUGAAUGAAUGGAUGACGGAUAUUAGAAAUAACCAGUUACCAAGUAUACUAGGUGGAGUUGGACCAAUGCACUCUCUUGUACAGCUAGUUCAAGGGGUGGUUGAUUUAGUGAGAUUACCCAUAGAGCAAUAUCAAAAAGACGGUCGCAUCGUUAGAGGUCUACAGAGAGGUGCUCAUUCAUUUACUACAUCCACUGCCAUGUCUGCCUUAGAACUUACCAAUAGACUAGUACAAGCGGUACAGGCUGUAGCUGAGACGACCUACGACAUGGUAUCACCGGGACCCAGCGUCUCAAGAUACACCUAUGGCAGUGGUGGUCAGUUCGUGCAGCAUAGACUAGCUCAUCAGCCAGCUGAUCUCAGGGAAGGCAUGGCUACAGCUUACAAAGUUGUCGCUGAGGGUUUGGGUGAUACAGCAGACAAUAUAAUGCGGGUAGCUAGAGAGGAACAUGUACACAAAGGUGUCUCCGGUGCCGUGGGUGGAGUGAUGCGUCAGAUACCUUCGACUGUAGUCAAACCACUCAUCCUGGCCACGGAAGCAACGUCCAGCGUUCUUGGUGGUGUCAGGAAUCAGCUGAAACCAGAUGCAAGAAAGGAAGCUACUGACAAAUGGCGGCUGAAACAAAAUUGAGUUAGCUAUAAGGACUUUCAUGUGGAUUUUUAACUUUGUGGGUGUGGCUAUGGGCUGGGUGGGUUGAGGGUCAAAUACAUACAAUCAGUGUUCUAAUCCAGUGUUAACACUCAACUAAAUUAACUACUCUAUUAAAAAACAUUUGCGUACUACCAUAUACCUCAUUUAGUAAAUAACAACAUUUUUGCGGCAUAGUUAAUCACAUCACUUUAUAAUAAUUCCCGGUGGACACUUGACUUCACUAAGGGUCACAUGAUCAAACCCCAUUUUUGAUGAGUAUAUUGCACAAUAAUUUAGUUCUGUCAUUUUGUACAGUAAAUCUAUCAUUGAACAUCAUGACCAUGGUUAACUACUAAUUUAUAAUUUGGAUCCUGAUUACUAUUAAUUUAAUGAUUUGUUUCAUUAAAAGCCCAAGUUUGCAGAUACCACACACUUGUGUCCAUGUAUAUUUGUUCCAUUCAGGAAACAGGCAGAAUAAUUUUACCUUAAAAAUGAGUUAUGAUUCAUCAAACAAAUGAGAGUAUACAUUACUGACGACCCCUUACUCUCUAUUAGAAUGGUAUUACCUUGAAAUGUAACACAUCUUUCAUCUGGAAAACCAAUUACUUUUAAAAACAUCUGUGUGUUUUUUGUCUAUAUUCAUUAAUCCUCUGCUCGUCUGAAGCAUGAGGCACCAACGCAACUUUUCUAGCCUUUACAACUCUGAGCAAACCAGUGGAUCUUGUUCAGUCCAUGGUUCCUUUCCAAUGAUUUGACUUUCUGUAUGUCUUUUUUGGCAUUGCUGUAGCAUUUUUUUUUUCAUGUUGGGUUGGUGUCCAUUCGCAAAACCCUUCUUUCUUAUUCUGGAUUUGAGACCAGGCAUUAUUAUCUUAUUAAAUAUCUCCAUUUACUGUACAUACAUGUAAUAGGUCUCAUCAAAAUUGGACGAGUAAAGUAGGCUUAGGCUGUAUUUAUGAGUAUAUCCUGAUUUCAUAUUUUCA